GAGGACGACUUUGUAAGGUACCUUGACACCAGGUGGGAUGACCCUAUUUCUUUUUAUCGAUGGCCUCCAACCUAUUUCCUUUUCAUGGUGUUGCCGCACUUGGAUCUGGAGAGCGACAUUCCACAACAUGCGGCGACUACACACACACACCGAUGUUUGUUACGUCAGCUGUAGCCAGCAAUACUACCCCAAACAUUUUAAUACUGCAUUACACUCCAUCUCCAUUUCAAACUUUAUACAGAUUGGAGGUCCAAUCAAUAGCAUUGGCUCAUGGAGCCUGUGUCAAUCCUCCUGGCCACAGGAGCAGUUGCAAUUUAUGCUGCACACAGAGUGGAGAAGAUGUCAGAGAAGGCCAGACGUGGACCUGUCACUCUACCUGAACUCAUGGAUGCACAGCAGGUGGAUGACGCGGCCCCUGUACAGAUCUUGGCUGUGCACGUACAACACGGUCUUUUUCAACGCAAGCUCCAGCGAGAGAGCCUGAAGGUGCGAGUGAAGUACGGAGCUCCCGGCGCCUCCAUACAUUGUGACACUGCAAAAGCGAGCAUGGGUAUGGCGCCGUCGCCGACUGCAAGGUUUGUUCCCAGACUGGACCACCAGAACGACCUCAAUGCCAGCUUUGGUACAACGUGUCUUUUUCUGGGUCAACGCAAUACUUCCAAUCGGAUUAGGCUGCGACUGAUCCAGACAGGCCUUCUAGGUCGAACCCUCGCUAAAGCUGAAGUUCAUGUACCAGACCUUGGUCAGUGCUCUCCGUGGAUGGAAUUUCAUCCAGAGCUUCAAGGCACCAAGGAGUCAGAGGUUCUUGGAACCCUUUCUGUAGCUCUGGAGACGAAGGUAAUGAUGAAAGGUGAGCUUCGCCAAUUCCUCAGGCUCCUUGGGGCGAAGCAAAGGCAGCAGGGCUUCCUUUUAGACAUCUUGCCCGUUGUUGAGGGCUGUGUCGACGAGCCAGAGGAUGACGCGUCAGUGGCCCUGCCUGUAUGUUCAAAUCCACAAACUUUUGAUGUUGGAGUUUGAGGUUACGCAUAUGUUGAAGGAGGUGUGAACAGUAUUUAACUUCGUUUGCUAUUUUUCACUUGCUUGCAAAACUCUUGCUUCCUGUUUUCGCAGUUGCUUAAGCUGUACCAUCUGGUUGCUUAGCGCCUUUCAGGUGGCCCUUUAACGCUUAUGCGGGAAUAGCCGCAGCUUUUGUUGAAGAACAGUUGAAAUUCGGAAAACAGUGACUGUUACUGUAGUGUAUGGCAGUGUGUUAACGUCCUUUCUACCAGUAGCUUCUUGUUACUAGUAGUAAUGGCCUUCAACCUACUUGCGAUGGCCUCCACCUGCGUCCUUGCUAAUUAUUUAUGAGGCUUACGCCUGACAGCCUAUUUGGGUUUGGGUAUUGGGUUUGGGUAUGUGCAGGGCUGGUUCCCCGCUCUCUCUCUGUCUCUCUGUCUCUCUGUCUCUCUCCCUCUCUCUCUCUCUCUCUUUGAGACUUGGUGGGGCC